AUGGAGUCUUUACCAAUACUGACAACCUGUCGCAGGCUCAUCCCCAAGGCCGACCGCAAGAAGAUCCACGAGUACAUCUUCCGAGAAGGUGUGCUCGUGGCCAAGAAAGACUUCAAUCUCCCCAAGCACGGCGACAUUGACACCAAGAACCUCUAUGUCAUCAAGGCUUGCCAGUCUCUCACUUCCCGCGGCUACCUCAAGACUCAGUUCUCCUGGCAAUACUACUAUUACACUCUCACCCCCGAGGGCCUCGACUACCUGCGCGAAUGGCUGCACUUGCCCGCUGAGAUCGUCCCUGCCACGCACAUCAAGCAACAACGCAGCCAUGCUCCUCCGCGUGGUAUGAUGGGUGGUGACGACCGUGGCGAGCGCCGUGGAGGCGGUCGUGGCGGCCCACGUGGUGAUCGCGAAGGAGGAUAUCGUCGUCGUGAGGAUCGUGGCGAGGGCAAGGAGGGCGGUGCUCCUGGUGAAUUCGCGCCUACUUUCCGUGGUGGAUUUGGUCGCGGUCGUGGUGCGCCUCCCGCUUCUUGA